AUGACCGACACGACUCCUCCUCCUGCCUCUGGUAGGAAACCUUACGAUGGCCCAACCUACACAUGUCAACACCCUAAACUGGGCGCUUUGACCGGGCGUCUCAUCAAAUCGCUGCAUUUCCCAGGCACAUCAACCGUCCAGCUUAGGUCGAUCCUAUACGCUCAGGUUCAUAAACGGUUUGCACCGUGUGUGUUACUGGAGAGUAUUCCGGACGACUUCGACGCCCGACCGCACCGGGACUUCACACAGUUUGGGCAUGCGUGUCCUCAAGUCGGGGCAACGAAGCCAGCCUGGUUCGAUGCAUACGGUGGACCACUCGAGGAUGACCAGGGACUCGGGUUCGACGAAUUUACGUGCCUUACCCUCAGCGUGUCCGUGCCCGAGUCCCAUCUUUCCAGCGACAAUCCGAAGCCGCUGCCGGUGAUGAUCUAUGUCCACGGCGGUGGCGCGCAGGAAGGAGUCGGCCACGUCGACGGCCUUCACUCUAGCGCGCCUCUGGCAGCCUACUCGUCGGAAGUCUCAUUACCCGUUGUCACUGUCAAUAUCGGGUAUCGCCUCGAUUGGCUCGGCAGCCUUGUCUGCCAGGACAUGAUUGAGGAGUACAAUGGGGAUCCGUCGGUCUCCCUACAUGGUCCGUUCAACUUGACGAUCCAAGAUCAGAGAGCUGCAUUUGCAUGGAUCCAUCAUUUCAUCGGCGGAUUUGGCGGCGACGCGGAAAACAUUACCGCCUUCGGCGAAUCAGCGGGAAGCAUCUUGCUGAUCUACCAUAUCUGCGGCAGCCCGGAGAGGCUCUUCAAUCGGGCAAUCUUGCAGUCCGGCGUCAUUUUCGGUCAUGAUUCGUUUGAAGACAAAGAAUCAGAAUACCGGGGUUUGUUAAAACAUUUUGAGAUCGAAGGAUCGACCGCUGCCGAGAGACUGGAGAAGCUCCGACAGGUACCUGCGGAGGAAUUAGCAAAAUAUCCCGGGCGCCACAUGAUGCCGUUCGUCGACGAUAUCCCUGGAGUCAACGUCCCUAAGUCGUUGUUCCCAAGAGGCCGACCGACGUUCAUGAAGCAGACAUCUCUAAUUUCAUCAUGUCCGUGGCUGGGAGACAUUGCCAUUGGAGAUGACUUCUGGGAAGGAUAUGUAUUCAAGGAUUUGCUCCGGCCCAUCUCAGCCGUACGGCUCGUGAGAGGUGUGAGAUCUAUUUUUCCGGAGAAAGAGGCUGCCAGAUUGCUCUGCGCAUAUGGUCUUUCCUUGACGCCUGAGCUUGCGAUCGAGACGGACAAGAACCUGUUCUGGAGAAACGUAACACAUUUCUUCGGCGACAUAUUCUUCUCUGUCCCGAUCCACCAACUUGUCACCCGUCUCGCCCGUCGGAAUACAGCCACUACUACUACAGACAGCGUGGCGUCGAAACGCAAGGUUUACCGGUACAGUUUUAGCCUUUCGAACCCUUUCUUUAGAUCAGACCACAGCUUCGUUACGGGCCACCACUUCGUUGAGACCCUGUUCCUCUUCCUCACGCUGCUCCACCGAUACCCAACACACCGGGACAAGUGGCUCGAGCGACAGGCCAAAGAGACAGCGAGGAGAUGGAUCCUGUUCGCGAAUGGCAAAGAGCCGUGGGACGAGUACGUGGUCAGCGAGAGCGGCGACACGAACAGCGCGAAGAUGGCGGUGUGCGACGACAUUAGAGGCUGGCAUGUGAAGACCAUGGCGCAGGACGAAGAGGAGAGCAAUCCGACCCGUGGGGCCCCAGGAGAUACGUCGGCUGGGGAGCCUGGGAGAAAGCAUACCAAGCGCUGA